AUUAAAAGCAACAUCUCUUAGCAACGGUGAUGAGAAGAGGCCUAGCUAGAGUCUCUAGAUGUGAUACAAAUUGGACUGGACUGGCAUAAACCAAAAAAGUUAAUAAAUAAGUACAUGAAAAUGUUUGCUCAGGCCUUCGUUGCCAUCUCCGAGCUACAUCCCAACUUCACUCAUCCAAAGGUGGCUGGGAUUGUCAUUGGAAAAAGUGAUGUCAGAAGCUUCCCUGACAGAAAGAACAGCGGUGUGGACAGAUUCACUUUUGGCUUCACCAUUAAGGACUCACCUGAUUUCUUCAUUAAUGUGACCGCCUGGGGAAACGAUGGGCAUGUCAACGGGCUCGCCAGCAGCUUCAGCGUUGGAGACUGUGUCACAAUUGAAAAUCCUUUAGUUACCAACAAAGACCUAGAGAAAGGAGACAAGUUCUGCCCUACAACACCGAGCAACUACAGGCUGCUGGUGACGGAGGCUCAUUCCCGGGUGUCUCUGUGCGCUGACAUGGACGUCAUUGACAGGCUGCUGCCGCUGCUUCACCUGCCUGUCAAGGACUCCAGAGACUUCUACUCCCUGGGAGACAUAGUGGCCAACGGGCAAAAGCUGGAUGGAUCCGUGAUUAAUAUACUGGCUGCAGUGAAAUUGAUCGGCGAGACGAAGCAUUUCACCACUUCAGACGGACGCAAAGGGCAGAGGCUGGAAGCGAAGCUCUUUGAUGACUUUAUCUCCUCCUUCCCCCUCGUCUGCUGGGACGUAGAGGCCAUCCAGCUCGUGCAGGCUUUGGUUCCGAGGGAGACGGUGCUCUUCAUAGCCGACGCAAAGAUCAGCUUUGACAGCUUUCGCAGCGGCAUGGUAGCAACCGUUAACUCCAAAAGCAUCAUCACUGUCAACCCUGACACCAGGGAGGCCAGCGCGCUGUUCAGGUACGCCAAGGAGAUGUCAGAGUCUGGAGCGCUGGAUCAAGAUGAGAUGGCAGAGGAUAUGUCUGUGGAUUCCAUCUCUGACGUGUUCACGGUGAGCCAGCUGAAACAGAAGGCCCACGAGUGUCCUGAGGUUUUCUUUGGCAUCACAUACAGCUUCAUCUCCAAGCUCGACCUGGACUCCUCCGUCUCAAAGGUCGUCAGGACGCGCUGCUCCAGGUGUAAGUUCCUGCUGACCGAAGACGUGCUGAGCUGCACCAACCAGCUGUGUCCGGGGAGGGAUCAGCCUUUUACGGCCACCGUGGGCUUCGACCUUCUGGUGGACUUCACCGACCACACGGGCACCCUGCAAGCCUGCAGCCUCAGAAGCCCAGUGGCUGAAAAGACACUUGGCUGCACGACAGAGGAGUUUACCAGUUUGACCGACGACGAGCGGACUGCAAUGAAGUGGAAACUACUUCUGGAGAGAUGCAAGAUUUAUGUGAAGAUCCUCCCUUCUACUAAGACAAAGGCUGGGGUGCGGGGAGUGAUCCUAGCCUGCUCAGUGGCAGAUCCAGGAGAGGUGAAACAGCACAUGUCUGCCCUGCUGCACUGACUGUGAUCAGCACACAGACCGACGGAGAGCAAAGAGACCAAGGAGUUACAGUUGUCUGUUUAACCUGUUGUUUAGCACAAAGUGUUCUGACUGAGACGUUUAAAGGGACAUUAGACACUCAUUAUUAUAGGCUCUGGUGUUGCAUAGAUUAAUUGUUAUUAAUACUAAAUGUGAAUUAUUUAUAUUUAUUGUAUAUGUUUAUUUAUUCUAUUUAUCCAAAUGUAUUUUAUUCAAAAUUGUGUUCAAAUAAAUGUAUUCUGUA